AUGGUCUCCACUCCACCACCCAGUAUUUGCCAAACACCCGAGGCCACGACUCACGACACGACACAAAGCAACCCCCAUCCCUCCUCCCCGACCUUCGACUCUCUGCCGCAACCACGGGCACCCAACAACAGCAGCAGCAGCCACGACACCGGCAAUAACACCAUCGAGAUAGGCAUCCCACAGCAGUCCGAUCCUACCAUCUCACCAACCACAAUGGAGGACGCACCUUCACCGCAAGAGCAAGUCUACGCUCAUCAGAUGCCAGAGAUGGCCCGCUCAGACUCUUCCUCGGCCUCCUCCGUCGACCAGAACAGUCCUCAGAUCGUCGCUCCCGUCCCAGUCCGGCCACGCCUGCCCAGCCGGAAAAGCAGCGGUACUAUCAUUGUCCCUCGAGAAUCAGCAGAAGCAGUUGAACCAACCGAUGUCAUGAUAGAGCCCGGCGAUGUGCGCGCCAUGAGUCCACGGAGGACCAGCGAAGACCUUGAGGCACUGGGACGCGAGGCUCGGGACGAACUUCGAAGGCACGCAAAGGCCCUUCAGGAAUCGCUACUCAUGAUAUUUAACCGCAUUGAGGCUGUCAAGGAGGAACACGACAAGCUCGACAGCAACAACAAGUUCCUGCAAAAAUACAUUGGCGAUCUAAUGAGCACGAGCAAAAUCACGGCGACAUCGUCGAGCAGAGUCAAGAAGUGA